CAAUCAAGGGAAAAAAGACAGUUGACACAUAGGUAUGUUCUUUUUAAGUUCUCACGUGUUUACGUGUAGAGCUCACGUAGUUAUUUAUUACAAAAAUAGCUACAAAAACAAACAAAAAUGAGUUUAUAUAACUUUAAAAAGAUUGCUGUGGUCCCCACAGCCAAGGACUUUAUCGAUAUAAUUCUAUCAAAAACUCAGCGGAAAACUCCAACAGUCAUCCACAAAAACUACAAGAUAACAAGAAUUCGUGCGUUUUAUAUUAGGAAAGUUAAAUAUACGCAACAAAACUUCCACGACAGAUUAUCUCGUAUUAUUCAGGAAUUUCCGAAAUUGGAUGAUGUCCACCCUUUCUAUGCCGAUCUAAUGAAUGUUCUCUAUGACAAGGAUCAUUACAAACUUGGUCUGGGACAGUUAAAUACAGCCAGACAUCUUAUUGAUAAUGUGGCAAAAGACUAUGUUCGUCUCCUCAAGUUUGGUGACUCACUGUACCGAUGUAAACAACUGAAGAGGGCUGCAUUGGGUCGGAUGGCUACGAUCAUGAAACGACAGGCUGCUAAUCUGACAUAUCUUGAACAGGUUCGUCAACAUUUAGCCCGGCUGCCGUCCAUAGAUCCAUACACCAGAACAAUCAUCAUUUGUGGUUUUCCAAAUGUUGGCAAGUCCAGUUUCAUCAAUAAAAUCACCCGCGCCGAUGUGGAAGUACAGCCGUAUGCUUUCACAACAAAGAGUCUCUACGUCGGACAUACAGACUAUAAAUACCUGAGAUGGCAGGUGAUCGACACUCCCGGGAUCUUGGACCACCCGCUUGAAGAGCGCAACGUGAUCGAGAUGCAGGCGGUGACAGCCCUGGCGCAUCUCAGGGCUGCCGUGCUGUACUUCAUAGACCCGUCCGAGCAGUGCGGCCACAGUAUCGAGGAGCAGAUAUCCCUCUUCGAGAGCAUAAAACCGCUGUUCAACAACAAGCCACUGAUCGUGGUCCUCAACAAGAUGGACGUGGUCACGCCUGAAGACCUGACGGAGCAGAAGCGCCUUCUCAUCCAGGAGUUGGAGGCUAACUGCGCCAAGGGGAAUAUAGUUAAUGCGGACGGCAACUCAGAGCUCCGCACGGUGCCGGUGAUGCGUACGUCCACCAUGACGGGCGCAGGCGUGCAGGAGGUCAAGAUAGAGGCCUGCGAGCGACUGCUGGGGCACCGCGUCACCGAGAAGUGUCGCACCAAGAAGGUGGAUGGUAUUCUAAACCGUUUGCACGUGGCGAUGCCCGCCCCCCGCGACGGCAAGACUCGCCCACCCGUUAUACCCGAAUCCGUCCUGAAGAAGAGAGAGAAAAUGAUCGAGAAAGAGAACAGGAAGAGAAAGCUGGAGAGAGAGAUCGAGCUCGAAGAGGGUGAUGACUACGUGCUCGACUUGCAGAAGAACUACUCGGAAAUAGCAGAGGAGGAGAGACACGACCCCAUCCCAGAGUUCUGGGAGGGACACAACAUUGCCGACUACAUCGACCCGGAAAUAUUCGACAAACUGGAUGAGCUGGAGCGUGAGGAGGAACUUCGUGUGGCGGGUGGCAUGUACGCCACGCCCAAGAUAGAGCUGGACGAAACUAUGCGGGAGAUCAGGGAGCUGGCUGUCCAGAUACGCAACAAGAAGGCGGUGCUGAAGGACGAGUCGCGGCUGGUGAAGCAGUCCACCAAGCCCGUGAUGCCGCGCACCAGCCGCGCGCGGGACCGCGACCGCAGCGCCGCCGGCCUGCGGCACCAGAUGGAGCAACUGGGAGUGGACAUGUCGGACACCAAGGAAGCCAACUUCACCAAGUCCCGGUCCCGCUCGCGCUCGCUGUCCGUGCCGGCCAAGCGCGCGCGUGUCGAGUCCCGCUCCGUGUCACGGCCGGCUCGGGACACGCAGGGCGUCAAGGAUGUGGCGAUGCAAAAGCGAGCGAAACAUAUGGCGCACGUGGCCAUCUCCAAGAAGACGAAGAAGAUGGGAUUGAAGGGAGAAGCCGACAGGUUCAUCGGCACCAAGAUGCCCAAACAUCUGUUUGCGGGGAAGCGGGGUGUCGGAAAGACGGACCGGCGGUAGACCGCUGUUGGCACGUUGUCGGAGAAGAAAAUGAACUUUAUAAAUGUUGGACCGGGAGGAUGAAGGGAGACAUAGUGUUUCUUGGUUUAUGUUUUGAACUCUUAAUUAUAAUAAUAUUAAUUACACAUCAUUGUCUAACAGAGCAUUUAAAGUACUUAGUACUUUUGAGCUAGUGACGUCUUUUAAAAUAUUAGCGAGCUUAACUCUUUAUGUGCGAUGCGCUAUUGAACAGUUAGCUGUAAUAAUAGCAGUAACAGUUUAACAGUUACUUGACCAUUUUGUACAUAUAAUCUCAGAAGUGUCAACAAUAACAGACUGUUUCUAUUCCCGGCAAGGCGGAUCAUUAGUUGCACAAAAUGCAAUCGUUGUUUUAAAUAAUAAUAAUAAUUUAAAGGUUUAUUUGGUUCAAAAAGUUUACAGAAAUCUUAUAACUAAUAACAAUAUGGACACUAAAGAAUAAAAAUGGUGUCUAGUCAACAUUAUGUUGGGAAUUUUACUUCUCACCGCUGGUAUUCUUUAGACGCCGAGAUACAGACUUCGAGAAUAAUAUUUACUAAUAAAAUAGAUAUCUAAUCCCCCAAGUCUACUGCUACCAUAAACAUUGGCAAUGAAAUUUUUGAGUAAAGAUUGUUCUAAAGAUCUACACGUAUUUCCGGUGGCAGAUAAUAAUAUAUUUUAUCUUAUUUCGUCUUUGUCAUGGUUAAAAAAAUAUUUCCAUGCCCAGAUAAGCUUGAGUUCCUCUUUUUUUAUUCCACCUUUUGCCGAAAUCAACCCAAUAAACUGAAUAUUUUACAAUUUCUUCUAACCAAAAAAGUAUGGCUUUAAACUACACGUCCAGUUUGUGAUUUGUUUAUCAGUUGUCUCUUGUGUAUCUCCCGCGUAAUAUGUACCGAUGUGUGGUACGCCUUUUUAUAUCAGUGUUAGGAACCUAUUUUAAGUUUGUACCAACAUGACCACACUCAAUAUAUAUAUUAAUAAAAUGUUGCUCAUACUGUUUUAUUAUUUAAA